AAACGCGGUAUGCCUGGGUAUUCUUCCUUCGACAAAAAUCCGAGUUAUGCUCUAUUGCUAAGGAAUUUGUGCAGCAUAUCAAGACACAAUUCGGCAAGACCAUUAAAUUUAUUCGCCCUGAUGAAGGUGGCAAGUUUACCAAGCAUGAAUUGCUCGACUUCUAUAAGUCAGAAGGUAUUGUCUCUCAAAUGUUCUGUCCUGGGGUGUCACAACAGAAUGGUCUUGUGGAGCGCAAACAUCGACAUGUUUUGGAAUUGACUCGGGCAUUAUUGUUUCACUCUCAAGUUCCCUGUGGGUACUAGGUGGAAGCGGUACAUACGAUUGUGUAUCUCAUCAAUCGCCAAAUCACACCUGUUCUUGAUCAGUGGGUACUAGGUGGAAGCGGUACAUACGAUUGUGUAUCUCAUCAAUCGCCAAAUCACACCAGGUCAUAUAUUCACGGACACCGAAUUACUUCUUUCUUCGCGUAUUUGGCUGUACAUGCUUCGUUUUAUUACCACGCAAAGACCGCCAUAAGCUCGCACCUAAAACUGUCAAAUGUGUGUUCCUAGGCUAUAGCGACCGUCAUAAAGGUUACUGCUGCUAUGAACUUGUUGGCAAACGUAUGCGCAUCGCCUACCAUUUUUUUAUUUCUUGAGGAUCGUAUGUACUACUCUUCUUCGUCAACUGGACGAGAUUCUUCUUCUCCCGAUGCGGUUGGUCUUGAUUGGUUGACCACGCUGCCGCGUUUUGCCGAUCCUCCUCUCACUGCUGUGGGAACUCAGGGAGGGUCUGUCUCCUCGUUGUCAUCUCCUGGACAUGGCAGUCCUAGACAUAGCAACUCCAGUGGAUCCUCGGCAAGUAUGAGUUCCCCCAGCAGCUCGUCAUCUUCAGGGAGGGACAGCGGAAAUGAUAUGGGUGAUAUGGGUUCUUCAGUGGGUACGACGAGUGGAGAAAGGGGUAAUUCUGCUAGCCCCAAUGCUUCGGUGCAGCAAAAUGAAGAAGAGCAGGAAAACCAGCCCAGGCGUUUGACUAGAAUUAAUUUGGGACAGCCACCAGUGCGCUUAUUAAAUUAUGAAGGUUAUGCCACAAAACCCUUCUUUGCGCAGGAAUGUGAGGAUCCGAGGUGGUAUGGUGGAAGAAACUGAGGCGUUGGAAGCAAAUGGAACAUGGAAACUUGUGCUUAGAUAGCCAGGAAUGUCGGUCAUAGGAUGCCGCUGGAUAUAUACAAUGAAAAUGAACCCAGAUGGAACGAUUGAACGUUUUAAGGCAAGGUUAGUUGCUCGUGGUUUUCUCCAAGAAUAUGGCAUUGAUUACGAUGAAACUUUUGCACCCAUAGCAAAAAUGCAAACAGUUCGUUGUAUAUUUGUUGUGGCAGCUAUGAAGGGAUGGCCUCUUCUGCAGCUAGACGUAAAGAACGCCUUUCUGCAUGGUGAUCUAAAAGAGACCAUAUACAUGGAGAGACCACCAGGUUAUACCAAGGGUUCAUCGGCUAUGGUUUGUGUUUGCCAGUUGGUUCGAUCUCUAUAUGGUCUCAAACAGGCUCCAAGAGCUUGGUUUGAGAAAUUUCACAGUACUAUUGUGCAGCUGGGAUUUGAACAAAGUCAAAACAAUCCAUCUCUUUUUGUGAGGAAUACGAUAUAAGGUGUGGUUAUCUUGUUAAUAUAUGUAGAUGAUAUGAUCACCUCAGGCAGUGAUUCUGCAGGAAUAAAAGAGUUGAAGGAUUCUAUGCAUGAAGCUUUUAAUCUAAAAGAUCUUGGUGAUGUUUCAUACUUUCUGGGACUGGAAGUUCAGAGAUCAACACAUGGUAUUUUUGUUUCACAAAAGAAGUAUAUCACGGAUCUCCUUGAGACAACACAAUAUACAGUUUGUAAGACUUGUUCUACUCCAAUGGAGCAGAAUGUCAAGCUGCGGAAGGACAGUGGAGAUUUGAUAGAAGAUCAAUCGUUGUAUCGCAGCCUCGUGGGAAGCUUGAUAUACUUGGUUCAUACACGUCCUGAAAUUGCUUAUUUUGUGCAAAUAGUAAGUCAGUAUUUAGGUGUUGCUCGCGCACAACACUUAGAUGCAGUUCACAGAAUUUUGAGAUAUCUCAAGCAUACUCACGAUGUGGGAAUGUUCUUCUCGGCUGGUGGUGAGGCAGUUUUGGAGGCUUUUACAGAUGCAGAUUAUGUCGGGUGUCAAGACUCAACUUCAGGAUGGUGCAUAAAGGUAGGAAACUCCUUUGUCUCAUGGAGGUGUAAGAAGCAGGAAAGAGUUUCCAAGUCAUCUAUAGAAGCAGAAUAUAGAUCUAUGUCCGAGGUGAGCUCAGAAAUGGUUUGGUUACAACGCUUUCUAGGAGAAUUGGGUGUUGAUUGUAGCAUACCCGUGAAACUGUAUGGCGACAACACGAGUGCUAGACAGAUAGCUCUUAACCCACUACUACACAAUCGAACGAAGCAUAUAGAGGUACAUGUGCACUACAUCAGACAGCUUGUAGCAGAAGGAAGAAUACAGCUGAGUCAUUUAUCUGCAGAUGACCAGACAGCAAACAUAUUGACUAAGGCAUUGGCAUCGAGCAGACAUUGGUACUUAUCAGCCAAAUUGAUGUUACGUACCCAACAUUAAUUUGAGGGAGGGUGUUGAAAAUAUAAGUACCUUAAUGUAAUUGUACAUAUAAGUCCUUAGUUAUUAGGGUUAAGAAAACCUCUAUAUAUAUGUAUGUAAGCCGUGUAUACUGGGUAAUGAGAUUAAUAACAUUGACUUGGAGAGCCUGCUCUCCCGUGGACUAGUCCUGUUGAUCAGGGAAACCACGUUAAACUCGGUGUUCUUGUUCGUUUGAUUUUGACACGAAUCAGGUUACUGACGAGUAAUCAUGAGUAACCCGUCCACAUCAGCAUGACAUCAGCAUCCAUCUCUUUCCUGAAAAGCCUUUAAUUCCCCCCUUUCACCUUUGACAGACGAUUUUUCACUCGUUUUAAGUCAAUUUUUUUUUUGCACAGUAAGAUCAAAUUAAUUGUGCUCUUCAAAAUGAUAUCCACUUUGAUGUAUUUCUCGAACAAAAAAAAUUAAGCUAGUUUUUACCAGUUUAUACCAUAUAGUAUUGACUGGUAUUGAAAUAAGAGCAUACCUAUGGU